UAUAAGUUAUUUGAAAGUACAUGUCUGAGAAAACUGACUGUACUGUGCACAGUCCAGUCCACCUUAAGAGCUUGUGUGGUGACAUCAGAGAGUGGCAAUAAGAUAAAUACAGUCGGGUGGCUCAUCCCUGUAGCACAAAUGGAGUACCAGGCAGAGAGAAUGAAGCUGUAUUCCACCCCCUCUAAAAGACUUGAUGGAUAUAUUGGUACGAACCUCCAUCCCAGCAAGGAGUUUCAAGACAAUGUCUGUGAUGCCGUCAACAGAAUUUGUUCUUUCCUGAAAGAAAAGUGUGAUCUGUACAAGGAUGCCAGGGUGAUCAAGACAAUAAAGGCUGGCUCUAUAGGAAAAGGAACAACUCUGGAUACGAGUUCCGAUGUUGAUCUGGUUAUCUUCCUCAGCUGCUUCUCCAGCUUCCAGGAUCAAGUAGAGAAGCGUGAAGAAGUGAUCAACGACAUUGAAAAGAAUUUGAAGAGGUGUAUCCAGACGAUUGCUUUCAAAGUUGACAUCUUCCCACUGAAGAAGGGAACACGUUCACUCCAACUCCACUUCCAGGCAAAAAAGAAGACAGAGGUUGUAGAAGUGGACAUCCUCCCAGCAUAUGAUGCUUUAGGUCAGAUAACCUUUACAUAUAUCCCACCUCUGAAGGUCUAUAUCGAACUAAUUGAAGCCAACGGCCUGCCAGGGGAGUUCAAUACUUCGUUCACAGAGCUGCAGAGGAAUUUUGUGAAACGUUGUCCAACAAAGCUCAAGGAUCUGCUACGGCUGGUCAAGCACUGGUACAAAGAAAUCAAGAAGCAAUCCAGCACAGACUCCAAAUUUCCCCCCAAAUUUGCCCUGGAAUUGCUUACAAUUUAUGCUUGGGAAGAAGCAAACGGAGGAGAGCAAUUCAAGACAGAAGAAGGAUUUUGCACAGUGAUGAAACUAAUCACUCAGUACCAGGAUCUCUGCCUCUAUUGGACUAAAUACUACCCUCUUGAUAAUUCCAAAGUGGGGCUCCAUGUGAAAAGAAAAUUGAUGGAGUCACGUCCUGUGAUUAUCGAUCCAGCAGAUCCGACAGCAAAUGUUGCCAAAGCCAAAACGGGAGCUUGGGAUCUAUUGGCCCAGAAAGCUUUUGAUUGCCUGAGACAGCCUUGUUGCAUGAAGGAUGAGCAACCUAUCAAACCUUGGAAUGUGCAGCCAACCCGACACAUUAAGUUGACAGUGAAACAAGAUACAGGAGCACCUGCAUUUCUAUCAUGCAACCCUUUUGCACCUAUCAAGUGUAUCAAGGAGCAGUUUGGGAAAGAAGGGUAUAUCUGCGAGCUAUAUUUGGAGGAAACUGGGCAAGCAAAUACAGCCCUGCAGGAUGAUAAAAGAUUGGCAGAUUAUGGAAUAUUCUUUCCUACUACCUUGCGGCUACAUUAUAGUACAUCUCAAACGCUGAGAUGUACUGUAUCGUAAAAGACCUCAAUGUCAGAACCACAAGCUACACAGUGAACCCCAAUCUGAUCUAAAUAUUCCAUCCUCUUCAAAAUUGGCUUUGCCUUUUAAGAAUGCUUAAUGCUCUGGGCACAUACUUAUGAGCUGUUCCUAUAUACCGAGUGUUGGUUUUUCUCCUCCUUAACCUGCAAUGAAAUUAUCAUACUAUUUUUCAUAUUUUAAGUCAUAUGAUUUCCCAGUGUGGCCAGAAAUUUUUAGAUAUAGGAGACCCAAUACAUUAGAAGGCACCAGACUAUAGAAGGCUGUUUUAAGAUCUUGGCACUGUAUCCAUGACAAGAUUAACCAGAUCAAUUAGGGCAGGGGCGUCAAACUCGCAGCCCAUGGGCCAGAUGCAUCACAUGCUGGCCACACCCAUCCCUGGUUUAGCGAAGGUGGAAAAGUCUCAAUAUGUCACGUGACGACAAAGUGAGGCUGCAAGUUUGACACCCCUGAAUUAGGGAGUUAAAUGCAUCACAACAACUCUUAAGAAAAAGGGUUAAUUGAUGUAGUCAGGUAAUUCACAGGCAGUUAAAAUUACAGGUAAUCCUUGUUUAAUGACCACAGUUGAGACCAGCAAUUUGGUUGUUAAGUGAAAGGGUUCCUAAGUGACUGUGAGAGUGCUUAUGACUUACUUUAGCUUUCCAUUCCUUUCCAGCAUGUAAAGGUCUUAAAUGUGAAGAUUGGUUGCAAGGUUACUUUUUCAUCACUAUUCUAACCUUGGUCACUGUAUGAGACAGCUGUUAAACAAGGACUAUAUAUAUCUCUACAUACACCUAGAACUGCACACAGAGUUAGAAGUAACUGCCCAACCAUCUUGUGGAAAUUAUGGGCCAUGAGAUUGAGAUAAAAUCCUGGAGAAGCUGUGUAAGGAUUGGAAGAAGGCAAAAUAUUUGUCUUGGGAGAUAUGAAUGGAGUUUUAGAUUUGAGCUUAGACAAAUUGAUACAAGAAGGGAAAAGGUGGAAAGCUUCCAAAAAUGCUAUUUCAAUAUAUGGAUGAACUGGCAUGGACACUUAUAUGGAAAUUACAUAAUCCAGCAAAAAGAGAUUACAUCUUUUUCUCAGCAAUUAUAUUCAAGAAUAGAUAUGUAUUUCUAAGACCUUAAUAUCAUGCAUUAAAGAAGUAUAUAUUA